AUGGUCGAUUCAUUUUUUACAGGGAUUCAUUUCCCUUUAUUUAUUUUAUAUACCACAGUAACUUUAAUUGUAUCAUUUCAAAUAGGAAGAAUUCUUUACAACAAACAUAACAUAUUUUCAUUUAGGUUUGGUUUUUUAGUAUUGGGUUUUGUAUGGGGUUUAACAAGAGCAGUUUUUUGGUGUUUCUUUGAUUUUUGGGGAAAUGUUUCAUUUACAGCAUUUUUUUAUAUACCAAUCAAUAUUCAGUUUGCAACAUUUUCACUUUUGGUUUUAUUUUAUGCUCAUGUUGUCCAUAGAGCAACAUGGGAAAGAUUCACAAGAAAAAGAUUUACGAUUGCAUAUUCAUCAGUAAAUUUCAUUUUAUUAGUUUUACAAAUCUCAUUUUAUGGCUGGAGAUUAAGAGUUAUAAUGCAAACUACUAAAAGUCAUUUACAGUCUCAAUUACCAUUAUCAAUUAUACCAAUUACAUUUUUUAUAUUUUUAUGUUUCACGUCAAGAUGUAUAUUUGAUUUCUUUGCAGCGUUUGGGGCAAUUCAAAUUUCGCUAAAUAGUGGAACCAUUAGAAAUAAUAUCACAAUUUUUGUUACAUAUUUAGUAUGGGAGAUAUUGCCUUAUAUUUUAAUUUUAGUUUUAUUUUGGAGAAUUCCAACAACUCAUAUAGGUGGACUUUCAAGAAGAAGUAAAAAUGUUAAUUCAUUUGCAUAUCCACCACAAACUGCUGUUGUACCUGGUAGACCUGUACAGCAAUCUCAACCAAGCAGUAGUUUAGCAAGAUUGUUUUUAGAUCCACAAAGAUACGAUUCUGAUGACGAGACUACAGGUUUAUUGUAUAAAGGAAGUCCUAUAUUAUAUAGUGGUCAACAUCAUAGUCCAUAUUCGACAACUCCAUUGAAUGAAAAUAUUGGUUCCUCUUCAAGCGAAUAA